AUGCAAGUUCCAAUGUGGAAUGUAAGGUUGUAUGAGAAAGCAUUCAACACAAGGGUGGUUUAUGAUGGAUACCCAACUCUGUUUACCAUCAAGCUACAUCAUGGGGGAGAGUUCACAAACUUUCCAGAUGUGAACUACAUUGAUGGAACUGUGACAUAUGUUGACAUGGUCGAUAUAGAAGAGUUUUCUAUUCAUCAAAUGGAUGCGAUCAUGAAAGGUUUAGGAUACUCAGUUCCCCCAGUUAUCUAUUAUCAUUAUCGGUUGCCCAAAGGAGACAUGCAUUUUGGACUACGUGCCCUAGGAAACGAUGAUGAUGUUCGUAAUCUUGCCCAAUAUGUGAAGGAGCAUAAAGUCAUAAGGGUGUACAAUGAACACGGUUUUACAAAAUUGCUUACUUACUUUAUGGCUCUUAAAACUGUUAAAAAGGUCAUUAUUGAGCAAUUAGAUGAAAUUGAGGAACAUGAAACCACCACAACUGAUAACCAAGCUAGUGAUAGGAAAAGGAGUGCUUUCUCAUUAUCCCCUGAGUAUAAUAGGAAAAGGAGUUGGACCAAGGACAAAUCUUUGUCAUCAUGCAAUAAGAAAUUGGCCAUGGGUGAUGUUAGUGAAGCUAAUGUAGAUGGGGAUAAGGAUCAUGCACCUAAUGAUUUUGAUGAGGUAGCUAAUGAAUUUGAUCUUGGAUUGUACCAACAGAUUUUAGAAUCUAAUUCUGAAUUUGAUAAUGAAUUCAAUGAAGAGAAGGAAGGGGAUGAAGGGGAGGAGGUAGUUAAUGAAGUUAGUGCUAAUGUAGAUAUAAGGAAUUAUGAGAAGGAUGCUAGAGUUGAAGAUGAUGUAGAUAUGGGGGGUUAUCAGAUGGAUGUGGGAAUUGAAGAUGAUGUAGAUAUGGGGGGUUAUCAGAUGGAUGCUGGAGUUGAAGAUGAAGUAGAUAUGAUGGGUUAUCAGAUGGAUACUGGAGUUGAAGAUGAAGUUACUCAUAAUGUAGCUGAGGAUGAAAGAAGUGAUGGGGAGGAGGAUAAUGGUGAAAGAAGUGAUGGGGAGGAUGAUAGUGAUGAAAGAAGUGAUGGGGAGGAGGAUACUGAUGACAGUGACUUUUGGGUAGAUGAGGAUAACAUAAUUCAUGAAGUAGAGGUAGAUAUGAAGGAUUUUUACAUGAGUGUUGAUCUGGAAGCUGAAUUUAUGGAAACGAGAGUAACAAAUCCCAUGCAUAAUGAUAGUGAUGAAGACCCUAAAGACCCUGAAGAUUUGGAUGUAAUUGAUAAUGACCGAUAG